UCAUCAUUAAGCGCGCCGUGUAUGCUGUUUUGGAAAGAGGUAUCGUUAGCUUGACGAUAAAAAACGGCCACCUUUUUUAAAAAAAAGGAUGCCUUUACCUCCAGCACUACUGGCCCGAUUGGCCAAGAGAGGGAUUGUUAAACCAACAGAGCAAGGGGCAGAUGAGGAGAUUAUUGCUGAAGAUUAUGAUGACAACAAUGUAGAUUAUGAAGCCACCAGAGUGGAGAAUCUACCACCAAACUGGUACAAAGUGUUUGACUCUGCUUGUGGUCUUCCUUAUUACUGGAAUGUCGAGACAGAUAUGGUUGCCUGGUUAUCCCCAAAUGACCCAUCUGCAAUAAUAACAAAACCUGCCAAGAAAAUAAGAGUAGAAGGAGGAGAUGAAAAAGGCGAGAAGCAAGUUGAGAAACCAGACAGAGACAGGGACAGAGAACGACACAGAGACCGGGAUCGGGAAAGGGAUCGAGAUCGGGAAAGGGACAGGGAAAGGGACCGGGACAGAGAGCGUGAUGAUGGGAGGGACAGAGACAGAAGAAAGCAGAGAAGAGAUGAGGCAGCACCAUACAGUCGAAGCAAAAAAGGUAGAAAAGAUGAUGAGAUGGACCCCAUGGAUCCAAGUGCUUACUCUGAUGCUCCAAGGGGGUCGUGGUCAAGUGGGCUGCCCAAACGUAAUGAAGCAAAAACGGGUGCAGACACUACAGCAGCGGGGCCUCUCUUCCAGCAGCGUCCGUACCCGAGUCCAGGAGCUGUUCUUCGGGCUAACGCAGCAAACCAAAUACCCAAGGAGUAAAAGCAAAUACUACGAAGACAGCAACUUAAAACCCACAACUCUACAGUUGGUCUUCAUUAUGCUCACAUGCUAAACAUCAUAGUUUGACAGGCUUUUCUUUUCAUUGUGAAAUGUGUACAUGUCAGAAAUCAAGGGCUGAACUUUUUUGGACAGCUUCUCUAUUCAUACUCCUGCCGUGUAGAGCAUUUGUAAAUAUGUUUUUAUAUGACCCAAAGGUUCACUUCUCGUUACUAGACCCAUCAGUGAACAUGAUAAUAAACUUAAGACUACUGUGAAAAUUA